UUGUUGGAAAUUUUGAAUGUUUUACUGCAUUCUUUUGUUUUUGUUAUUAUUGGAUUGAUAAAGGCGUACCUUUUUAUUCAUUUAUGUUUACUUUUGAAAAAUUCGGCACUGAUCCUCUUACUCCAUAUACUACGGAUGAAUUAUUAUUAAUGACUAAUACGGCACAAUCAGUUUACUAUUGUUCAAUGUGUCUUUUUCAAUUUUUUAAUUUUUUUGCUACACGUACUCGGUAUUUGUCGAUUCUUCAACAUAAUCCCGUUUGGGGUAAAGGUCAAAAUUUGUACAUAUUCGGUGCAAUGCUUAUUUCGAUUGGUAUUCAAUUACUUCUAACACAAAUUGGUUGGUUCAAUCGAGUGUUCGGUACAGGUCCAGUGCCAGUCAAAUAUGUUAUGCCAACACUUGGAUUCGGCAUGCUCUGGUUAAUAAUUGAUGAAUUAAGAAAACUUUACGUACGCAAAUAUCCACGUAGUUUUAUUGCACGAAUUGCUUGGUAA